AUGGCAUCUACAACGCCCGAGUCACUUAUAUCAGCCAUGGAAAAGCGCGAGGAGACCCCCGAGUCUCUACGCAGCUCUCAAGAUAUCGAAUUCCGAUAUCUAGAGCUAGAAACGCCCCUACCGACGCCUUACAUUACUUUACCUCCCGGUCCCGCUCAGUCAUCACCACCGGAACCGCCUAGUCUGGAGAAAUACACAUCUCCAUUUCUCUGGCCAAAAUGGCGCAAGUCGAUGAUGACUUAUAUCGCCUGCGGCGUGACUGCCCUAGCAGGUUAUGCCGCCGGUGAAGUCAGCCCUGCAUCGGAGGAACUGACUAAACUAUGGGGGAUCAGUACCGUCGUGUACAAUCUGAGCAUCACGCUUUUCUGUUGUGGGUUUGCUCUGGCGCCGAUGGUGCUAGCUCCAUUUUCUGAGAUUAAUGGACGGAGACCGAUCUUUAUCGCCAGUGGGAUUCUCUUCGUUGCUAGUUUAAUUGGCUGUGGAGGCACGCAAUCCUUUGCUGGAUUGCUUGUAGCUCGUUUCUUCCAGGGUGUGGGUGGAUCAACAUUCUCCACCAUGGUUGGCGGCGUAAUCAGCGACAUCUAUCACGCCCAAGACCGUAACACGCCCAUGGCCCUCUUCUCAGGAUCUGCAUUGUUCGGUACUGGCCUGGCACCGCUGAUCUCAGGCGCAAUCAUUACCCGCACCACAUGGCGCUGGGUGUUCUACUCGCACGCAAUUGUGUCUGCCGUAUUUGUCAUCGUCAUCUACUUCUUCUUCAAAGAAACGCGCGGCAGCGUCCUGCUGAGUCGCAAAGCCGCAAAGUUGAACCAGUACUACGAGCAACUCGAAGAAGCAGGUCAUCACGGUGUGAUUCUGUCGAGCGAAGAGUCUGAAGAAAAAUGCAUUCGUCGAAUCAGAUGGAAAGUCAAGAGCGACGAGCAACGAGCAUCGAUCGCAACCAUGAUCCAGAUCUCGCUGUACAGGCCAUUCCACAUGCUCCUCACCGAACCAGUAGUCUUCUUCUUCUCCCUAUGGGUCUCCUUCAGCUGGGCAGUUCUCUACCUCCAAUUCAGCUCAGUGCCACUCAUUUUCCGCACAAACCACAACUUCACAAUCGAGCAAACCGGUGCCGUCUUCACCUCAAUGUGCGUCGGUGUCAUCCUUAUCACAGUCAUCAGCAUCUACCAAGAACGCAUCGCCAUGCGCUUCGGGAAACAUUCUACUUCCCCUGAGGGCAGACUGUAUUUCGUUUGCAUUGAGUCUGUGCUUCUGCCUAUUGGCCUGUUCUGGUUUGGAUGGAGUUCUUUUCCAUCCGUUCAUUGGAUAGUGCCUGCUAUGGCCGUUGGCUGUGCUACUAUGGGCAUCUUUUCUAUUUAUCUAGCUACGUUUAAUUACCUCGCUGAUACUUAUCAUCGGUAUGCGAGUUCGGCGAUUGCGGCGCAGUCUUGUUGCCGGAACUUGCUCGGUGGUAUCUUUCCAUUGGUUACGAAUGCCAUGUUCACCAACCUUGGUUAUCCAGAGGCAUCAAGUCUAUUGGGAGGACUUGGCGCUGCUUUGACUCUGGUCCCCUGGGUGCUGGCCUUGUACGGACCCAAGAUUCGAGCUAGGAGCAAGCUCGCAAGUGAACUCGCACAUUAA